CGCUAAUAUCUCCUUAAUGUUUUGAAAACCCUCCCCGUGCAUGAAUUUUACUCGAGCCUUUACUUCUCUUCAAAAAUCUCUACGUGGCACACGGAUAUAAGCUCGGUCUUCUUCCUGCAGUAAUUGCAAGCUUGACCACACAUUAAUUCGUUAGGAACUUGAGAAAAGCCUCUUCCGGGUCUUCCUCCGGUCUUGAGAAGGAAAAAAAGAAGGCCAUGGCGGUAUCAGGCGGCAGCGGUUCACAGACGAGAGAGCUGACCCAGACCCCGACAUGGGCCGUGGCGAUUGUUUGUGCCGCCUUCAUCUUCAUCUCUCUCGUGCUGGAGAAGUUGCUGCACAAAAUUGGAACGUGGCUCACAGAGAGGCACAAGAGAGCUUUAUACGAGGCUCUGGACAAGGUCAAAUCAGAGCUGAUGAUUCUGGGCUUCAUUUCAUUACUCCUCACUUUUGGUCAGAGUUAUGUAUCUAGUAUAUGCGUUCCCCAAAAGGUCGCAGACACGAUGCUGCCCUGCCGCAAAGACAGUAAAUACGAUGAAUCGAAAGGAGGACAACGUAAACUUCUAUGGUACGAGAGGAGAUCCUUGGCUGCUGGCAGCUAUGCUCCUAGUUGCGAGAAGGGGCAAGAACCGCUUAUAUCUGUCAACGGAUUGCAUCAGUUACACAUCCUAAUAUUCUUCUUGGCUGUCGUUCACGUGCUGUACAGCGCAGUCACAAUGAUGCUCGGGCGACUGAAGAUUCGUGGCUGGAAGCAAUGGGAGCAAGAAACCUUGUCCCACGACUACGAGUUCUCCACAGAUCCAUCUCGAUUCAGGCUCACUCAUGAGACCUCCUUCGUUAGAGCGCACACCAGUUUCUGGACGAGGAUCCCCUUCUUCUUUUACAUUGGAUGCUUCUUUAGGCAGUUUUUCAAGUCCGUUGGUAAGGCAGACUACUUGACACUGCGCAACGGUUUCAUUGCCGUCCAUUUAGCACCGGGAAGUAAAUUUAACUUCCAAAAGUAUGUCAAGAGGUCAUUAGAAGACGAUUUCAAGGUCAUCGUAGGAGUCAGCCCUGUGUUGUGGGCGUCAUUCGUUAUCUUCUUGCUUCUAAAUGUCAAAGGAUGGCAGGCACUGUUUUGGGCGUCGCUGAUCCCUGUGGUUAUAAUGUUGGCCGUUGGGACAAAGCUUCAAGCUAUUUUGACAAAGAUGGCCCUCGAAAUCUUCGAGAGACAUGCCGUGGUCCAAGGGAUUCCCCUCGUGCAGGCUUCAGAUAAAUACUUCUGGUUCGGCCGCCCUCAGCUACUUCUUCAACUGAUCCACUUCGCUUUGUUUCAGAACGCCUUCCAGAUAACAUACUUCCUGUGGAUUUGGUACAUGUUCGGGUUGAAAUCUUGCUUCCAUGAUAACUUCAAACUUGCAGUCAUCAAAGUGGGUUUAGGGGUGGUUGUGUUAUUUGUAUGCAGCUACGUCACUCUCCCUCUCUAUGCUCUUGUCACUCAGAUGGGAUCUUGCAUGAAGAAAUCAAUCUUUGAUGAGCAAACGUCAAGGGCGCUUAAGAAAUGGCACAUGGCCGUGAAGAAGAAGAGGCUAGGCAAGGAAGGGAAGUCCACCGCCACCGUGACCCUCGGCAGAAGUGCGAGCCCGAGCCCGAGCGUGAGCCCGAGCCCGAGCCCCUCGCUCCCGAACUCUUCCAGGCACACCCUCCGCCGCUUCAAAACCACUGGACACCCGACCCGCUCGCAUGCGUACGACGACCACGACUUGUCCGAUUACGACGCCGACACCUUAUUGCCAACCUCGUCGACCGCUAAUCUGAUCACCCGGGUGGAUCAUCACGACGACCACGAUGGCCAUCCUAUCCAGAUCGACGAUUCCCAUCGAGAGGAGGGGACCAGGGAAGGGGACGACUUCUCGUUCGUCAAGCCCGUCGUCCUACCAGGAGAACCGUGAGAAUCGCGGCAGCCCGCUUCGUACCAUUGUAUCAUAUCAUAGUGAAUAGAUUCAUGGUCAACCAACAUGGUUAGGCAUGUUUGUCUUAUCAUAAAGGUCGCGCGUAAAUCAAAGGUUCUAGUUUAGGAAACACAAGCGAAAGUCAUCUUUUCCCGUCUAAUAGAUAAAAUAAAAGUAUCGAACGGCUGAAAUCUAUUGCAUUUCGCUAAUUGGUGAUGAUAUUAAACGCUUACAUGAAUCUGCCAGAAAGAUUUUU